UUUUUAUUUAAAAAUAUGUGGAAAAGUAGGACUUGGAUAAGGCGUGAAUUACAACUCUCGCGAUGACGCACGUUUUUUCUCCCCCUCAAAGCUGUUUCUCUCCUUGAUUAAACGGCUACCAACAAAAGUUAGCCCGUUGGUUAAAUGUUACUGUUAGAUUAUGGAUGUGAUUGCUUUGUGCUGCACUGGCCUCUCAUAUGUGAUAAACGACACGUCCGCGGUGUCUGCUGUGCGGCAGUAAUCUCGGUAACGUCAGAAUGAUGGCCGCGGUGCGUCUCUGAAAAACGGUUACAGGCAGGAUUCACGUUAGCAACGGUGACAGCUACCUUAGCAACUGCACACCGCCUUCACCGUUAGGGACUAUCAGCGAAGACAAACGGUGGUAUUACCGUAUUAACGGGGAUAUAGCAGACCAAACAUCCGCAAUGAGGCUGAAAACGUCGCUGCUGAAGGAACCAAAACAUAAGGAGCUUGUAAGUUGCGUUGGUUGGACCACAGCAGACGAGCUGUACUCUUGCAGUGAGGAUCAUCAGAUCCUCAAGUGGACCCUGCUCACCAAUGAAACCAGCCUGGCGGUCCGGCUGCCGGAGGACAUCUAUCCUGUCGAUCUACACUGGUUCCCCAAAACUGUUGGUGCCAAGAAGCAGACACAGGCUGAGAUUUAUGCCCUCACCAGCACAGAUGGAAAGUUCCACCUGGUCUCCAAGAUGGGACGCAUUGAGAAGAGCGUGGAAGCGCACAAAGGGGCUGUUUUGGCUGGAAGGUGGAACUAUGACGGAACUGCUCUGAUCACAGCGGGCGAAGAUGGACAGAUUAAGAUCUGGUCAAAAAGUGGAAUGCUGCGUUCAACGUUAGUGAGCCAAGGGUCUCCUGUUUAUUCUGUUGCUUGGGGUCCGGACUCUGACAGAAUACUCUAUUCAUCAGGACGGCAGCUAAUCAUCAAACCUCUGCAACCCAACGCCAAAGUCAUUCAGUGGAAAGCUCAUGAUGGACUGGUUCUAAAGGUGGACUGGAAUUCAGUCAAUGACCUCAUCCUAUCAGGUGGAGAAGAUUGUAAAUAUAAGGUUUGGGACAGCUUCGGACGUCUGCUUCACUCGUCGUCCUCUCAGGACUACCCCGUCACCUCUUUGUCCUGGGCCCCAGAUGGAGAGGUGUUUGCCGUGGGUUCCUUCAACACCCUGCGGCUCUGUGACAAGACUGGCUGGUCCUAUGCGCUGGAGAAACCCAACACAGGCAGCGUGUUCAGCCUGGCCUGGUCCGCGGAUGGCACCCAGCUGGCCGGGGCCUGCGGAAACGGACAUGUCAUCUUUGCCCAUGUGGUGGAGCAGCACUGGGAGUGGAAGAACUUUGUCAUCACUCUUACCAAAAGGAGAACCAUGCAGGUGAGGAAUGUCCUGAACGAUGCAGUAGACGUGUUGGAGUUUAGAGAUCGUGUCAUCAAAGCCUCUCUGGCGUUCGACCACCUGGUGGUUGCCACUUCCCUCCAGUGCUACGUCUACAACUCCAGGAACUGGAAUACUCCCCUCAUCUUUGAUCUGAAGGAGGGAACGAUCAGCCUCAUCCUACAGGCAGAGAAACAUUUUUUACUUGUGGAUGGGUCGGGAUUGUAUACUUACUCUUAUGAGGGUCGGCUGAUAUCAACUCUGAAGUUUCCGGGUAUGAGAGCUGAUAUUCUAAAUGCUCAGGCGGCCUCGCUUAGCAACGACACAAUCGCUAUCCGAGACAAGAGUGAUGAAAAAGUCAUCUUCCUCUUUGAUGCCAUGACUGGAAGACCCAUUGGUGAGGGGAAACCCUUGACUCAUAAGCUAGAGGUGCUGGAGAUAGCUUUGGACCAGUGUGGCCCAUCCACAGAGAGGAAAAUUGCUCUGAUUGACAAGAACCGCGACUUGUACUUGACCUCAGUGCGUCAUCUGGGAAGGGAGCCCAAAAUCUGCAAAAUCGGCAGCAUGGUGCACAGCAUGGCAUGGAACGAUACCGCCAACAUCUUAUGUGGAAUCCAAGAUGAUCAGUUUACAGUGUGGUACUAUCCCAGUGUUGUCUUCACUGACAAGGAACUGCUUCCAAAAACUAUUUACACAAAGGAUGGCAGCGAGUUUACCCGUGCCCCGCACAUCCUGAGCUAUGUUGGUGCCAAAGUGACCCUGCGGCAAAGAGACGGUUCCUUGGUGUACAGCAGUGUUCCCAUUUAUCCUGCUCUCCUGCAUGAGUACAGCGCCUCUGCACGCUGGGAGGAUGCACUCCGUCUCUGCCGCUUUGCCAAAGACCAGCAUUUGUGGGCAUGUCUUGCUGGUAUGGCGAUGGCAAACAGAGACUUAAACACAGCAGAAAUGGCCUAUGCCGCUAUUAAAGAGUUACCUAGGGUGCAGUACAUCAACUUUAUUAAAGAGCAGCCAUCUAAGGACUCAUCACUGGCCCACAUGCUGAUGUUCAGUGGUCAUGUCCAGGAAGCUGAAGCAACUCUCCUCCAAGCAGGUCUUAUCUACCAAGCUAUACAAGUGAACAUUGACCUCUUCAACUGGAACAGGGCUCUGGAGCUGGCAGUCAAACACAAGACCCAUGUGGACACCGUGCUCGCCUAUAGGGAGAAGUUCCUGCAGAAAUUUGGCAGGAAGGAGACCAACAAGAGAUUCCUGCAGUACUCUGAAGGGGUUGAAGUGGACUGGGAAAAAAUCCAGGCAAAGAUUGAAAUGGAGUUAUCCAAAGAGCGAGAGAAAGCGGCAAACACCACUGUGAGGAGCAGCGUGGCGUCACGUCAUUGAUGUUGAGGACUUUUAGGUUUUUAAAUUUUUUUUUGGCUUCACCUCAGACACAUCAUUCUUACCUGAGGUACAGCUUCCAUGAACACCAUGAUGCUGAUUCUGAGUCUGGCGCCACACCCGUCCAGUCUGUCAUGUCACAUGUUAUCACUGAUCCCCCUCCGUGUUGAACAGUGUGCUUCCCACCAUGGCCACCUGGAGUGACUGCAGCCAGAGAGCUCAAGCAUAGUCUCAUCGGACCAAAGGACAGGACUCGAGCAAGGUCCCUGCAGAGUUGAGCAAAUUCUCCAUGUUUAUGUUUGGGAUGGUUGAACAGAAAAGGCUUUUUCAUGGCAUGCUUUCCCAUAAACACCCGGUUGGCAUUAAGACUUGUUGACCUCAAGAUGUCACUGCCUGCUGUUGUUCUUUAACAGCUGUGGAACAGUUUCAUACCAAACUUUAAACUCAGGUUCUCAUUCAACCUUGUUUGUUACUGUUAAAGUUGCUUUUUCAAUUACUGCUCUGUCUGUAGGUACGGGCAAGUUUAGGUGAGUAUCUAUCUUUCUGAAUUAUACUGGUCAAUACACACCUGUCUUACUUGCAUAGUAUGUUCUUUUGCCUUUCCCUUUUGAAGAGUGGACUUCUGUUUCACGUGAUAUUAAUGUCCCAGAGAAACCAGAAGUCAAAGGUUAAUAAUGAAAACCUCCUAGACACGCUGACCAGCUUAAAAAGGUAAAAAAUGGCUUUAAUAACAUUUUUGUAAUAGGAAUUGUUAUGGAUGCUAGUAAGGCGAUUUUGUUAACAAUGACAAUCUUUAAUCUUGAGAUUUUUUCCUUCCUCUGAAUUUACUGUCUGAAAUGUAAAUAGCAAGACUUAACUAUUGCAAUAAAGGAUGAAAUUGUUUCAAGGCAUUUUAUACACUUUUACAAGGAGUACCAAUAAAGAUAGGUGUCACUUUACCUUUGACCGUUAUUAUUUUAUAUAUUUAAACCCAUUAUCACUGUGGUUUCUUUACUAUAACUUGAUAUAGGUUUCCAAUAUGUCUCCCACAAUUGCCAGGACAUAAAAAGAUGACACUUUCUGUCAUGUGAACUUAAGUAAUAAUAGAUUUUAUUUGUAAUGCACUUUACAUUUCCAUUAAAUCUCAAAGUGCUACAGUCAAUAGAAAACAGCUAGUAAAAUAAGAAGAAGGACAUUAAAAUGUAAUUAAAAAAACACAAGUAAAAGUUUUGAGGCUGUCAGUGGAACUUAUAUGAUGGAAGCUCCACUGAUAGACCUAUUUCUGGACUGAUACUGACAGUCUUCUUUUAUUUAGUUCCUGUUUAGAUUGGCAGCUACAGUGAGUGUACAGACCUGACUCAGCAAACACUGUCCUGAGUGAAUGAAGAAUGGUGGCUCAGUCAGUGAGGUGUCAGAUUUAUUCUUGACUCAUUUGUUAAUUUAACCUGAUUUGUUUAGACAUGCACAAACAAAUAGUUUCAUCUUCUGAACUAAGUUUUUGUUCAUGUAAAAUUUAUAUAUGACCAUUUAUACAGUUAAAAGGCUGCUUUUGGAAACACUAUGUGUAUAUUGUUUAAUAAAGCAUAUGGACUUAUCAAA